AUGGCAAGCUAUCCCGGAGAAGAGGAAGCAGUUGUGGAGGUGAAUCUGGAAUGGCAGGAGACAGCCGGCAGCCAGAGUUGCCAGUUAUGUGUAGCCUCCACGACGACACUUGCUGAGUUCAAAGCGCAGUGUGCGCGAGUGCUGCAAGUUGAGCUGGUCCACUGCCCAGAUUUCAAUGAUGACAUGGACCACCAGCAGCUUUGCGAGCUUGGCAUAGGUCUCUCCGAAGUGCCGGUGCUGUUGGAUCUUGGCCCUCCCCUGCUGGAAGCAAAAAGUGAGCCGAGUGAGCCGCCCUCUGCGACGGCAGCUCCCAGGAAGGGCCGUGCGCCUUUGGCGGUUCGCCAGGCGGUGGCAGAUGCCUCCGACAUACGGGAAGGGUGGCUUUUUUUGGGGGGGCAGAUGGCCGCGAGCAGCCUGGACGGUUUGCAGCAGAUAGGCAUCACACACAUUCUGAACUGCUGUGAGCGCGUUCCCUGCAAGUUUCGAUCCAGGAUCACGUAUAAGACCGUGGCUGUAAUGGACACAAAAAGCUCUGACAUCCGAGAGUUUAUACCGGAAGCCUUGACUUUCAUCGACGAUGUCGUCGCUGCUGGUGGCAAGGUCUUGGUCCAUUGUAUGGUCGGGGCAUCGCGAAGCGUGGCUUUGGUUCUGGCAUGGCUGGUAGCACGACGCCAGAUGCCCUUGAAGCAGGAGCUGUUGACGUCUGGUGCAUCCUUCACUCCAAUUUUCGAGUCAUCCAGCGGCGGAAAGAACUUCGCCUCAGUCAAUGCUGGAAAUCCGAAGAAGUUGAAGGUAGGAGGCGGAACAAUCAACGGGCAGUUCGCACAGGAGCUUCGCCGGGUGGCUGGUCAUGACCCUGACAGCUACAGUCCAGCACACGAGGCUCUGCUUCGCGUAGCUGCACAAGCAGGCACCGCAAGGCAUGGCCUGGUUCAAGCCCCUGCUUCGCUGCGGUUGCCACCAUGUUUGGAGGCUGCCUUCAUCUACCUAGGAAGGACACCUCCCGAGGCGGAGCAGGUCGCGGGCGACUCCGGCCGGGGUGGUCUCGUGAUUCUGGACAUCUUCGAGACGAAGUCACGGCCGUACCAUGACCAGAAUGUCGCCAUGGUGUACACGGUAGGUCCCCAACGGGGAUUCGAGCCUGAUGACGCGACGUUUCUGUCGAAAGUGCGCCUGGUCGGCCGCAAUGUUGCAGCCGCUUGCCACGACUACAACAUGCAGCGGUCGCGCUGCUCUCAGCUUUACGAGGAAUUUGAGCAAACUAUGUUGCGGUCCCGAGUAAAGAGGUGUGUUUAA